UGUGUGUUAAGUGUACGAUAAGCAAGUGUCAAAAUAAGCUUUAAAAAAACGAAUUGUUUUCAGUCCAACCACACAAGACAAAAUGAUUUUUUUGAUUGUUUAUCAAUUAAUUUGACUGGAACAACGUCCAACAACUUCAUUAAUACGACAAAAAUAUCAAGUGAAUUGACCAAUCCCAAUAUGAUCGAAUACAUCGGACACAAAGCUGUUACACUACUCCUAAUCUAUUCGACGACAUUAUCGAUUUUUAAUCACGCACAACUCCACAAAAAUCUUCGUUAUUAUGAGACAAUGCAUGCCGAUGACUUCGACCAUAAGGUGGUCAAACGGGGCGCAAACAAAAACAGCUACCAUCCGUACAACACAAUCAAAGAAGUGGAAUUUCAUGCAUUAGGACGCAACUUUCGUCUCAUUUUGCAUCCGCACAAAGAAGUGUUGCACAGUCAUUUUCAGGCUUACGCUAUUGAUGGCAAUGGAAACCAGACGGUUGUCCAUUUCGAUCGUGAUAACAUGUACAACGGUCGAGUUUUCGGUGAGACGCAAUCAUCGGUUCGAGCGCACAUAGACAAUGGAGUUAUCACCGGAUCGAUUGUUCUGCCGGAGGAAACGUAUCACAUUGAACCGUCGUGGAGACACUUACCUCAUUUAACGGAUAAGCAUAUGAUCGCCUACAAAUCGUCCGAUGUUAAGCUCAGUUGGACGGAUAAUGAUUCUGGAGGUGCUGGUGCAGCCAAGGUGUGUGGAUACGUAAAAGAAGGCGCAGAUGUUGAAGAGAAACCCGAUGGCGGAAAGGAGAAAUUCGAUAUCGAAUCGAUGUGGUCGGAAACACCGCAAGCCCAGUCAUUGAAGGUAGCCGGAAAAAUCAGAGAAAAGCGGCAAGCCGAUCAGUACGAGUACACGCCAACGAAAACCAGAUGUCCGUUGUUGUUGGUGGCGGACUAUCGUUUUUUCCAGGAAAUGGGUGGCGGAAAUACGAAAACGACAAUCAAUUACCUGAUCAGUCUCAUCGAUCGGGUUCACAAAAUCUAUAACGAUACCGUGUGGCAGGACCGCUCGGACCAGGAGGGAUUCAAAGGCAUGGGAUUUGUCAUCAAGAAAAUAGUUGUCCACUCGGAACCGACACGCGUUCGAGGUGGUGAGGCGCACUAUAACAUGGUCCGUGAGAAGUGGGACGUUCGUAAUCUGUUAGAGGUUUUUUCACGAGAGUAUAGUCACAAAGAUUUUUGUCUCGCACAUUUAUUUACCGAUUUAAAGUUCGAAGGCGGUAUUUUAGGUCUUGCUUACGUGGGCUCGCCACGGCGUAAUUCUGUAGGAGGAAUUUGCACUCCAGAGUACUUCAAAAACGGCUACACAUUGUACUUGAAUUCUGGCCUGAGCAGUUCGCGUAACCAUUAUGGUCAGCGUGUCAUAACACGCGAGGCUGACUUGGUAACGGCACACGAGUUCGGUCACAAUUGGGGAUCGGAACACGAUCCAGACAUACCUGAAUGUUCGCCGAGUGCAUCACAAGGUGGCAGUUUCUUAAUGUACACGUAUUCCGUGAGCGGUUAUGACGUGAACAACAAGAAAUUCUCACCAUGUUCGUUGCGCUCGAUACGCAAGGUUCUUCAGGCGAAAUCGGGUCGCUGCUUCUCGGAACCGGAAGAAUCAUUUUGCGGUAAUCUUCGCGUCGAGGGCGACGAGCAAUGCGAUGCUGGUCUGUUGGGAACCGAGGACAAUGACGCUUGUUGCGAUAAAAAUUGCAAAUUGCGACGCAAUCAGGGUGCCGUGUGUAGCGAUAAGAAUUCGCCUUGCUGUCAGAAUUGCCAGUACAUGCCCAGUGGUGUGAAAUGCCGUGAAGCACAAUACGCUACUUGCGAGCAAGAAGCUCGAUGUUCCGGUGGACAUGCUGAUUGUCCAAAAUCACCACCGAUGGCCGAUGGAACGAUUUGCCAGGAGCGUGGUCAGUGCCGGAAUGGCAAAUGUGUACCGUAUUGUGAGACACAGGGACUGCAAAGCUGUAUGUGUGAUAUCAUUCAGGAUGCGUGCAAACGGUGCUGUCGAAUGAGCAUAAACGAAACGUGUUUUCCGGUGGAACCGCCUGAUAUGCUACCUGACGGUACACCGUGCAUACAGGGUUUUUGUAAUAAGGGACUGUGCGAGAAAACCAUACAGGAUGUGGUCGAACGAUUUUGGGACAUCAUCGAAGAGAUUAACAUCAAUAAAGUGCUGCGUUUCCUUCGCGAUAAUAUCGUCAUGACGGUGGUCGUAAUGACGGCUAUAUUUUGGAUACCAGCCAGUUGCAUAAUUUCCUUCUUUGAUCGGAAGAAGUUGCGCCAACAAAUGAAGGAAUUCGAAUGGAGUCAAACGUUGGAUUUGAUUCAUCCGAGUGAUCGUCGGAGGGUGAUUCAUAUUAGAGUGCCCCGGCAAAAGAUCACAGUCGCUAGAAUGUAAGGAUACCAGAACAUCCACUUGAAGUGGUUGCGUACGACGCUCAGUAUUUCCUUUUACUUCAUUUCAACAGAAAAACAAAAC